UUCUUCUAGGGACCAGAGCCAACAGCCUGAAUGUUCAGAUGUACCUGCUGGAAGGACUGCACAGGUGGAACCAGGACCGUGGUACUGCUGCCCUGGGUACUGGACCAGCUACUCAGGGGACUUGCUUCACUGCGUGAACAAGAACUUUGAGAAGCUUUUUGGAAGGAAGAUUGUUCCGGCGUUCUGUCCACCCUCGCGUUACACUGGAGAACUAAUCGGCAUGCAGGAUCUGCUGCAGCAGACUGGUCAGGCACUGCACCCUGAUUCAGAGGAGACUGCUCAGCUGAUUGAAGAGCAUGAGGACGUCAUGGAGGACGAUGAGGGCUUCUCUGACAUCAGACACAGUGCUGGACCUCGGGGUCCUGCAGGCUCCAGCCUCUCAGACUCCCUCUGGCACUUCCACCCUGGCCCCCAGCAGAACCAUCCUGGCCCCCAGCAGAACCAUCCUGGCCCCCAGCAGAACCAUCCUGGCCCCCAGCAGAACCAUCCUGGCUCCCAGCAGAACCAUCCUGGCCCCCAGCAGAACCAUCCUGGCCCCCAGCAGAACCAUCCGGGCUCCCAGCACAACCACCGGAGCCCUGAGCAGAACGACACCGACCCCAAGCCCAUCUGCACAGGCCUCUGCUGAGAUCCUCUCCAGUUCUUCCUCUGAGGCCAGUGUUGACAUGCAAGCUGAAGAAGAGGCUGUGGAUGACCAGAAUCUUCCGGGGUUCCAGCACGUGGACAGACUGGCUGAUACCUGGUGGAUCUGCGGGACCAGACCUCUCUCUGCCUGAGUAACCGGCAGGCAGGGGAAAUCAUUGCACUGUGGGACAGCUUGGAGGAGGUGGACAAGCAGCACGCCACCAGAACAGGCUUUUGAGUGGCCGCUUCAGGACACCGAAGAAGCCCUCAAAGACUCCUGGUGUGGAGAGCACCACCCGCUGCAUGCUGGGGGCAAGUAGUGCUCCUGCUCAGUGGCCGAGAGCAUUUUUUUCAGACUGAUCUCCACCGAUCCCCAGUCAGGAAAGCAUUUCCAGGUGGUCCCUUAUUCUUAGGGACUACAGUAAGAUUCGGCAGCUGGUUGUUGGCAACUACCUGGUGAUGCAGGGCACCCAGAUUCAGCUGGUGGCAGUGAAUCAAACCACCCUCAUCAGCAGGCAGAAGAAGCAGGAGCUGUCGGUGCUGCUGCAGGGCACUGCUCUGCCUCCAGCCCUCCCUGAGUCUGAUGAGCCUCUUCAAGCGGCCCGUGUCCUCCCUGCUGGACCCACGCCAGCACGAGCACCAGUACCGGCUCCUGGAGAGUACAGCUGGUCAGGCUCAACAGACAGAAGGCCUCUUCUCUUCCACUUCCCAUCCUGCCAAAGGGAAGAGCAAAGAGGUCUCUCCAUCACACCUCCAGCACCUGCUCUCCAACCUCAGGUCAGCUUCGUCACCGCAACUGGACAAACUUUCAGUUUUGUACCAGUUGCCUUUCCGGCUGCAAUUCAGCGCACCACACUGUAGCGUAGGUCUUAUCCCUGAACGAAUACAUUACACUUUUUAGACACAGAAACAGAGGGAUAGCCCGGUGACCUAGCUACUGCAUUUUACAAAGGAAAAAUAAUAAAUCAAUUCACUUUCAACAUAAAAUGUCUGUAUUUUUGUUAACUCCAAAUAAUAAAUCAGUACAUCAAA